AAGCUCUUUACUACUUCUACAAGUCCUUCUACCAUAUCGAUCUCAAACCAACUCACCGAGGUGUGUGGAUAGAGUGAAGAAUGUCUUCCUUUUCACUUUCUUCCUUUGCCUGCCAUGUAUUUUCAUUGCUCCUAACUUUCCUUCUAGUUCUAUCUUGUCUGUUCAGCAAUUUCAGUCUGGCUGCUGCUGCAAAGCGCAGCAGCAGCCACGUCUAUGUCUCUCAUCACCAUCAUAGCCACCGCGGGCACCACAACCAUCCACAUCCUGCAGCAACAUCCGAUGAUUCAAACCCAAGACUCUACCAAGCUUUUCUUGCUCUCCAAGCAUGGAAGCACGUAAUUUACUCUGAUCCAUACAACAUCACAAGCAAUUGGGUUGGUCCUUCGGUUUGUAACUACAUGGGUGUGUAUUGUUCACCAGCUCUUGAUGACCCCAAAAUCCAAGUUGUUUCUGGCAUCGACCUUAACCAUAGGGACAUCGCUGGAUUUCUCCCUGAGGAAUUUGGCCUGUUGUCGGAUCUUGCACUUAUCCAUCUAAAUAGCAACCGCUUUUGUGGCAUCCUCCCUCAAAGUAUGGCCAACCUUACACUCCUUUUCGAGCUUGAUCUUAGUAACAACAGAUUUGUAGGCCCUUUCCCCACAGUUGUCCUCUCUCUUCCUACCUUAGGCUAUCUUGAUCUUCGGUACAACGAGUUUGAAGGGCCAUUACCUCCAGAACUUUUCAGGAAAAAACUCGAUGCCAUAUUUGUUAAUAACAACCGCUUAACCAGUGUAAUUCCAGCGUCAUUGGGUGGAAGCUCAGCCAGUGUAGUGGUGUUUGCUAAUAACAACUUUGGCGGGUGCCUUCCCCCAAGCAUAGUCAAUUUCGCAGGUACUCUAGAGGAACUGCUGUUAAUUAACACGAGUUUGUCAGGGUGUUUGCCCCAAGAAGUUGGGUUUCUGUACAAACUGAGGGUGUUGGAUGUGAGCUACAACAAGCUUGUUGGUCCUAUACCUUACAGCAUGACGGGGCUAUCUCAUUUGGAGCAACUAAAUUUGGCCCACAAUAUGCUGACCGGGAUUGUACCCGCUGGAGUUUGUGGUCUCCCAAACUUGGCGAAUUUCAUCUCUUACAACUAUUUCUGUGAGGAAGAGGGGGCCUGCCAGAAUUUGACAUCGAAAGGCAUUGCCUUUGAUGAACGCCGUAACUGUUUCCCCGAGAAACCUUACCAGAGGACCCAGAAAGAAUGUAAUGCCAUACUCGAGCAUCCUGUUGAUUGCUUCGAAUAUCCUUGUGGCAGUGGCGGUGCAUCUGCUUCCGCCCCAAGCAUUGCCGCAGUGCCAGCAGCAACGCCUCUGUCUUCGCCUCCUAGUGCGGCAGCUCCUACCUAUACAUGAAUUAAAUUAGUAAUAAUCAUCAUAAAAUUAAGAAUGUCAAUUGGUCUAGAACCAAGAAUAAGGGGACAAGCCCAUUUCAUACAGUUUGAUAUUGUAAAUUAAUACUGGAUCAUGUAAAAGUUGUUCAAUCAAGUUCCGAUGGAGUAGAGAAACUUGUAUAGUUA